UUGAAAGGUUACGAAGUGCCCGGUUCCUUCAAUUUUGAGAUCUUGCAACUGGCACAAACUGAUGACAAGGACACUCUGGGGAAAAUCCUCUGGGAAUUGUGCAGUGGGAGGUAUUCCCGAGGUACUAGACCUUUGUGUGGAUCUUUGUUGGUGAUACAGAUAUGCCUAUCCAGCAGGUUAGAGUGCUCACUUUAAAUGGAGGAGAGGACUUGUCCCGCACUCUAUUUAGGUUGGAAAAAGGAUGGGUGCUGAGGUUUGUGAUGGGUCCAUCCCUCCAUGCCAGCCCUGUACGUGUGUUCUGUAACCAUCCUCCUUCCAAGGAUGUCCCCUAUGAUAGAGAGGUAUACUAUGAGUUGAAAUGGCGGUCGCCCUCUGGCUCACGGAUUGACAGACAUGAUGUUUACACAGAGGUCAAUAUCCAUAUGGCAGGUUCCUUCAACUACUACUUCACUGUUGAUGAAAGCUCAUCUCCAGACAAGCCCAGUGGGAAAGGCUACUUCCUCGUAGAUCCUACACUUACCUUUGAUGAUGAUGAUGAUAUUGACAAUGAAAUUACGCUCGACUGUAUACAGUGCCAGACAGUCCUCUCAAAAUGUCUCGGACCUUUCAAUGAGUGGGAGAGCAGACUCCGAGUUGCCAAGGAAACUGGAUAUAACAUGAUACACUUCACCCCCAUACAGGAGCUAGGUCAGUCUAACUCUGCAUACUCCAUCCGUAACCAACAGGUGUUCAGUCCUAUGUACAGCCCUGGCAGUAUCAAGUACACGUUUAAUGACCUGGAGAAGCUGGUCAACAAAAUGUGGAAGGAAUGGAAGGUGUUUUCUUUGACUGACCUUGUACUGAACCACUCAGCAAAUGACUCUAAGUGGCUGCAGGAACACCCAGAGUGUGCUUACAAUCUGGUAAAUUCACCUCACCUCAAGCCAGCUUACCUGGUAGACAGGGUCCUGUGUCACUUUAGCAAUGAUGUAGCAAAGGGCAAAUGGGAGGGCAAAGGUGUGCCAGCCAAGAUUUCUGAGCAUUACCACUUAGAGGCUGUGCGACAUGUGUUGAUGACUGAGGUUAUCCCCCCUCACAAAUUACAUGAGUUCUAUACAGUGGAUGUGGAAGGUUACCUAAACAAAUUUAGGAAAGCUAUGGAAGAAGGAAAGGAGGUGGUGACUUGUAAGCCUAAACUGGAGAUUAUCCAGGAUCCUGAGUUCCAUCGACUUGGUUCUACUGUUGAUAUGAACACAGCCCUAAGACUUUACCACACUGGCAGGUAUGACGUCAGUGAAAAUGAGAGAAUGAACUCUUGCUGUGCUGCUCUUGAAAAGAAAUUACACGAACUAAAUGGUGAAAAGAUGAAAGAAAUGGAAGACCAUACCCAAACCAUAGUAAACAACUUCAUAGCCAAUACAAAGUGGAGAUUUCUAGCUGAUGAUGGACCUAAGCUGGGAACAGUGACAGAGAAGGAACCAAUGAUGCACAAUUAUUUUAUCCAGCCGCAUUCCUACACUGCAUCACUGGAGGAGGAGGAGGCAAGGAUAGAUACAGAUGCUGCCAAGCUUAUAAUGGCUUCCAAUGGCUGGGUUAUGGGUGAUGACCCUCUGAGGAACUUUGCUGAGCCAGGCUCUAACAUUUACCUACGGAGAGAGUUGGUCGCCUGGGGUGACAGUGCUAAACUGCGAUAUGGAAAGAAGGAGUCUGAUUGCCCAUACUUGUGGCAGUACAUGAAGAAUUACACUGAGAGGACUGUGAAGAUAUUCCAUGGUGUCCGACUGGACAACUGUCAUAGCACACCACUUCAUGUAGCUGAGUACAUGCUUGAUGCUGCCAGGAAGAUCCGGCCUGACUUGUAUGUGGUAGCUGAACUGUUUACUGGCAAUGAGGGCCUGGAUAACUACUUCCUUAACAAGCUGGGAAUCAACUCUCUCAUUAGAGAGGCUCUGAGUGCCAGAACUGGCCGAAAAUUGGGAGAACUGGUAUACAGGUAUGGAGGUCAAGCUGUUGGCUCUUUCAUACAGCCCAGGGUACGUCCAAUGAUACCAACUGUGGCACACGCCCUCUUCUUUGACCAAACACAUGACAACCAAGGACCUGUUCAGCUGAGAUCAGCCUACGACCUGUUUCCCAAUGCUGCUCUGGUGUCUAUAUCCUGUUGUGCCUCUGGAAGUAACCGUGGGUAUGACCAGAUCGUUCCGCAUCAUAUCCAUGUGGUUGAGGAAAAGAGACUUUACUCAUCGUGGAGUGACAACCCAUCUCCUGGUAAUGCCCAGAUCAAUCAAAUGUCGGGCAUCGCUGCAGGCAAGACUGUGCUUAACAGACUACAUGGAGAGCUGGGCAAGAGAGGAUUCUCUGAGGUGUUUGUAGACCAUGUACGAGAUGAUGUGAUAUCUAUCACCAGACAUAACCCCCAUACACAUGACUCUGUUGUGCUGAUAGCCAGGACUGCCUUCCAUCACCCAAAUCAGCCCCACGACACCGGCUUUAUUCCACCUGUCACCAUUCAGGGGAUUGUGACUCGGAUCCUGUUUGAGGGACGACCUGUCCACACAGAGGAAUCACAGUAUAAAAAGGACAAGUAUUACAUCAACGGACUGCCUGACUACAUAUUGGAGCUAAAGAAAGAUGUGGAUGUCGGAGAGAGUUGCAUGGCCCGGGUGGUAGUGUCCAACGACACACCCACCUCAGAGGUUCACCUUCACAUGUUUACACCAGGCAGUGUCAUAGCAUUCAGAUGCGAAUUUCCUACAACACCCAAAAAUGCUAUUCUGAAGAUACGACGUGGGAUUGGUCAGUUUGGCUACCUAAUGAGGUCCUACAGUGGAAGGACUAUGUUUGAUGAGACCUGGGAUAAGUCCAACUUUCAGGCAAUUGUUGGAAAGCUGACUUUAUCAGACCUGAACAGAGUUCUAUACCGAUGUGACCCGGAAGAGAGGGAUGAUGGAAAGGGCUUCGGGUCCUAUGACAUUCCUCAAUAUGGGCAAAUGGUGUAUUGCGGUUUGAGAGGGUUGAUGGCAGUGUUGUCUUCCAUACGCUCCCAGAAUGAUCUAGGUCAUCCUCUGUGUAACAACCUACGUAAUGGGGACUGGCUCCCUAGCUAUGUGGCCAAUCGUCUCCUUGCUCAUGACAGUACAUGUGACCUAGGUCACUGGUUCCGGGAAAUAUUGGGCCACCUUAGUGAGGUACCCCGCUUCCUCAUUCCGUGUUAUUUUGAUGCAGUGAUCACUGGAGCAUAUGUUGUGUUGCGGGACCUCACUAUCAAGCUCAUGUCUGAUUUCGUUAAAGAUGGGUCUACAUUUGUCCAAGCACUGGCCUUGGGGUCAGUUCAGUUCUGUGGAUUUGUUUGGACCGCCAAGUUACCUCCCUUGUCACCAAAUCUGGCAGAUCCAGUGCCACCUAUUUACAUAGACAAAGACAGCAAUAAAGCGAUACAGACAACUCUGUCACUUGCUGCAGGGUUUUCCCACUUUGCCAGUGGCUACAUGCGGAACUGGGGAAGAGACACCUUCAUAGCUUUACGGGGCCUGUUACUACUGACUGGUAGAUACACAGAAGCAAGAUAUAUAAUCCUUUCAUUUGGUGGCUGUCUGCGACAUGGGCUCAUCCCAAACCUACUAAAUGAGGGAAGUGGAGCCCGAUACAACUGCCGUGAUGCUGUGUGGUGGUGGCUACAGUCCAUCCAGGACUACUGUAACAUAGUUAAGGGAGGCUACUCCAUCCUGCAGGACAAGGUGUCACGACUGUACCCUACUGAUGACUCUCCCUGUCAACAGCCAGGAACAUAUGACCAAAGACUAUGUGAUGUGAUCCAGGAAGCUCUCCAACGGCAUGCAGAGGGCCUAAAAUAUCGUGAGAGGAAUGCAGGCAAAGGCAUAGAUGAGAACAUGUCAGAUGAAGGCUUCGAUAAUGAGAUUGGUGUAAGGUGGGACGAAGGUUUUGUAUUUGGUGGCAAUGAGUGGAACUGUGGUACAUGGAUGGAUAAGAUGGGGGGAUCUGACAAGGCAGGCAACCGUGGCAAACCUGCUACGCCUAGGAAUGGGUCAGCUGUGGAGAUGGUGGGUCUGUGUAAGUCAGCUGUACGUUGGCUGGAUGAGAUGCACCAAAAGGGACUCUAUCCACAUGACUCCGUCAAUGCAACCAUAAAUUGUCAGGUAAAGAAGGUAACAUUCAAGGAGUGGAACGAUAAAAUACAGGCUAGUUUUGAGAAAUAUUUCUGGAUCAACUCAACUCCCAUUCCAGAAAAUGAGCCCCAUCCUGAACUGAUUAAUCGAAGAGGCAUGUAUAAGGACACUUACCUUGCCAAACCCUUCUGGACCGACUUUCAGCUCCGUCCAAACUUCCCAGUGGCCAUGGUGGUUGCUCCAGAACUGUUUACACCUGAGAAUGCGUGGACAGCUCUGCUGGAAGCUGAUGAUGUACUGGUUGGUCCACUUGGUAUGAAGACAUUGGACCCUAGUGACUGGAGUUAUGUUGGUGACUAUGAUAACUCCAAUGAUUCCUCUGAUCUCAAGGUAGCACAUGGAUUUAACUACCACCAGGGACCGGAAUGGGUAUGGCCGUUGGGCUAUUAUCUACGGGCGAGACUUCAUUAUGCUCGCAUUUUGAACAAAAAAAUGCCAGGACUACUGAAGACAACGGUCGGCUAUGUCAAGUCCAAGCUGACUACUCAUUACCAGGAGGUGAUGUCCUCUCCUUGGCAGUCUUUACCAGAACUCACCAACUCCAACGGCAAGUACUGCAGGGACAGUUGUCGAGCCCAGGCUUGGAGUGUAGGAUGUAUACUGGAAGUCAUGUAUGACCUUGAACAACUGGAGGACAGUGACGAGAUCGCAGACACAGCAAAAAUUGUUGCCCAGGAUAUGAGGACAAUCACUGUCUAGUGACCGAAAACAGAUCCAAGACAUCGAUCAGGACAUUGAUAUAGUCACACUCAAGUGACUUGAAAUAUCAGGACAAAAUUAGUUACAGUCAAAGAUUAGGGCCUUUUAUUUAGUCAAAGAUUUAGUGCUUAUAGUUACAGUAUAAGAUUUAAAGAUUUAGUCCGUUAUAGUAACAGUCAAAGGAUAUAGGCCUUUUAGUUACAGUUAAAGAUUUAGGCAUUUUAGUUACAGUCAAAGAUUUCGGCCUUAUAGUUACAGUCAAAGAUUUAGGCCUUAUUAUUAUAGUACAAGGUCUUGAGCAUAAACAUGGCCACAAUCAAUUUACAGUGAUACGGUCAAAAUGAACAACUUGUGUAACAGCUAAUGACAUAGAAUUUGUAGUUCUUUCGGUAGUGUUUGUUAUGAAUGGAGACAAAGAGCUACAUUAUAGUCAGGUAAGGUUGGUCUAGGUUUACUUCAGAGAAGUGAUGGCAUACACCUUUUAAUCAAGUACCUCAUGUACAGAUUAUGAAAUUCAUAUUUUUGAUUAGUCAAAGAAUUGUAUGUUGAAUUUUGCAGUAACUAGCUUAUACUGUAAUAAGUGAUUUUUAACGAUUAAUUACAUGAAACUAGCAUACACAGUACAUGUAAUUAGUUGUUGUUAAAGAUCAUUUGCAUGUAACUAGCAUACACUGUAAUUUGUGUUUGUUUGUCAUUACCUGUACCUAUGUCACAAAUUAGUGUGCUCUGCAUCAAGAGAAAUGUCACAAAGUGGUUCUGAUGUUGAAGAAAUCAGUGGAACGAAUUAUAACAAUGGUCAAAGUAAUAAGAGACACAUCUUUCUAACUGAAUUGAAGGAUGUCCCCUUAUCACCUACUAGUAACUACACAUGCUGUGACAGACGUACGAUGAAUACUUCAUUACUGAAUUGAGGGAUGCCUGCCUUAUCAUCUACUACACAUGCUGUGACAAACGUACGAUGAAUACUUCAUUACUGAAUUGAAGGAUGUCCCCUUAUCAUCUACUAUACAUGCUGUGACAGACGUAUGAUAAAUACUUCAUUACUGAAUUGAGGGAUGCCUGCCUUAUCAUCUACUACACAUGCUGUGACAAACGUACGAUGAAUACUUCAUUACUGAAUUGAAGGAUGCCUGCCUUAUCAUCUACUACACAUGCUGUGACAAACGUACGAUGAAUACUUCAUUACUGAAUUGAAGGAUGUCCCCUUAUCAUCUACUAUACAUGCUGUGACAGACGUACGAUGAAUACUUCAUUACUGAAUUGAGGGAUGCCUGCCUUAUCAUCUACUACACAUGCUGUGACAAACGUACGAUGAAUACUUCAUUACUGAAUUGAAGGAUGCCCCCUUAUCAUCUACUACACAUGCUGUGACAGACGUACGAUGAAUACUUCAUUACUGAAUUGAGGGAUGCUCCCUUAUCACCUACUAGUAACUACACAUGCUGUGACAGACGUACGAUGAAUACUUCAUUACUGAAUUGAGGGAUGUCCCCUUGUCACCUACUAGUAACUACACAUGCUGUGACAGAUGUACGAUGAAUGCUUCAUUACUGAAUUGAGGGAUGUCCCCUUGUCACCUACUACACAUGCUGUGACAGACGUACGAUAAAUACUUUGACACAUCAUGUAAUAAUUAUAAAACUAAGCGAUGUUUUGUGCUGCUUAUGUGUAUGUAUGUAUUACAGUGUAGAAUGUAUGAAAGGAUGAAAUAAUCUUAAUAUCUGUACUUGUAGGUAAAUGUUUGUUACAUUUCAUGAUUAUUUUAAAUAUUUAUUUUUGUUAUUUUACUGGUAAUAUUUUAUUCUGCUGGUGCUUAUUAAGUCCUAGAUCUAUCACCAUUCCCAAACCAAGCUUUGUGUAUUGUGUCUGUGAUAUUGAGCUAUAGAUGUGACUGCAUGUAUAGCAGUACCCAAGGUAGAAUUGUAGUUUGGUAGGUGUGACGAGGUCUACUUGUUUUUAAGCUGCAAAUGAUUCCUUGUUUUUGAGCCUAUGUGUAUGCAGUUUUUGCAUUUGCCGGUCUUCGCCAGAAACUAUUCAUUGACAAACUGGUGACAAAGAUGGCCACAAACAGUAAACACUUCUUACAAAGAUUAUGUUAUUUUCUUAACACAGAUAUCUAAAACAUGUUUAUUUCAUGCUGAGUAGAUAUAAGUACGAUUUAAAAUUCUUAAUUUGUCAUUCAACAUGCAAGGACCGCAAUGACAAGUUAUUCUGUUGUAUCAAUGAAAUCUUCAUAUGCAUAUCCUGCAACUGAUCAUGAACACUGUUCUUAUUGGAUUUGUUUAUUCUUUCACUGGAAUGCUUGUUUCUUAAUCCUAAACCGGCGUACUCUGGAUCGGGAAAAUACACUAGAAACAAAAACACCCACAAUUUUUGUACAAGCAUGUGAUGUUGGCAUUAUUUUUGCUUCUUUGCCUUUAAACUUCGACUCUGUGUCAGUUUAUUUCCUAAUCCAAAUGUUUAGUUAGUUGGCCCAUAUCAGAUUUUUAAAAAGUCGAUAAAACAUCAGAAACCCUUAGAUUAGGUAUACCCAAGCUGCAAUAACAUAGCUCUGGACAACGGAUCAAUGAUUCCUGGCAGAUGGUCGUCAUCAGGGGAGAGCAGUGUAGGCAGGGUAUGAACAUAUUUUUCUAGGUAUACCCAUGGUAAAAUGGAAAGUUGGUUGUUGUCACAUUUUCAUACAAGUUUCAGAAUUUAUGCUUGGUUCUUUGUCUUUCAGUUUUUGUAUCCUUCGACUAUUCAUAAGUGUUUCCCUGUUAGAUUGUAGUUUAGUUGAGAUGCUGUAACCUGCAACAAAGGCGCUUUACAUUGAAAUCCUAUUCUAACUUUAUACUUAUAUAUGUAUUCUGUACAUUUUUGAUUAUUUGCAGUUUACAAUCAAACGAAGAUGAUUUAUUUGUUGGAUAUGUUCACUGAUGCAUAAUAAUAGUGAUGAGUCACCUUUAACAGUAGUAAUUGUGUGGUGUACCCUAGCUACUGUAAACAAAAGUUAUAGCCCUUUGUCCACCAGGUGUAACUUCGUCGGGGACAUAUUUUAUGUUGUAUCAAAGUUGCCAAAUUAUGCAUGUAAGAACUUGUUGAAAAAACUGUUUGAUAGACAUUUCAUGUCCUACUAUAGAGUCAUAUGGCUUUAUCAUAAAUUUUGGCUAGAAGUGGGUUACUUGGAUUGCGAAAAAUACCCCGGUUUUGCUUUUUUUUUUAGGUCACAUGAGACAAAGUCUCAGUUGACCUAUUGCGAUCGCCUUUUGUCCGGCGGUGUCUGACAUUUGUCGAGCGUCGUAAACAAUUUACAUUUUCAACUUCUUCUCAAUUACCAACGGGCCCAGAGACCUGAUAUUGUAGUAUGCUUGGAUGAAGGGCUACUAAGUUCAUUCAAGGUCAAAGGGGCCAAAUGUGCUAAAAUAUAUCAAAACUCAGAUGACCGUUAAGGCACAUAGGCCUCUUGUUUUUUGUUUUUUUUUUUGUAUUUACCCAGUAUUUCUAUUUUUAAUACCCUAUCUACAGAAGAAUUGAUCUUGCCAUUUUCAUUGUUCAAAUGAAAUAUGAGAAUAACUGAUUACCAUGUCAAUCCCAUCUAUAAUCCAAAUAUAAAAAGCUGGUGUCUGUUUUUCACUCUUUUUGUUUUGUUAUGAUUUUAAUCCAGAGAUUAAUAUUUAUACCUUCCUAAUAUCCUCAUUGUACGUUUCACUACUAGGUUAUUUGAUCCCUUGUGAUGACAUUUCCAUCUCACACAGGUUACUGUGGUGGUGUUCACACAGAUGGUAGAUAUAUAGCAGAGGAUUGCUUGAACCUGAAGAUACAAUUUAGCAAUGUAAUGGGAAUGAAUGUCAAUAUAUGAUAUUAAACAUUGUUAUCAAUUAUAA